AUGGAUGCUAUAAGGAAGCAGCUUGAUGUGCUCAUGGGAGCGAACCGAAACGGCGAUGUUCAAGAGGUGAAUCGCAAAUACUAUGACCGCGAUGUGUGUCGUCUUUACUUGUCUGGUCUUUGCCCUCACGAUCUCUUCCAAUUGACGAAAAUGGACAUGGGACCUUGCCCAAAGGUUCACUCGUUGCAGCUUAGGAAAGAAUAUCGAGAAGCAAAGGCAAAAGGUGUUGAUAACUAUGACAGGGAAUUGGAAGAUGCGAUAGACAGGCUUAUUGUUGAAUGUGAUAGGAAGAUCGGUAGAGCCCUCAAGCGUCUUCAGGAAGAGGAUGCCAAAGCUGCCAUCGCAAUUUCAGUUUCUGAAGUCACUCAGACACCGGAAAUUCUUGAGUUAUCGGUGCAAAUUAAAGAGAAGAUGAAGGAAGCAGAUCUUCACGAUCUUGAAGGAAAAAUGGAUUUUAAGAUUAGAGCUCUUGAGCUAGUCGAAGAAAUGAGGACCAAGAGAGCCGACCUACAGGCAGCACUGCUGUUGGAAGCCUUCAACAAAGAUAGAGCAUCAUUGCCACAGCCUGUUCCAGCUCAGCCGCCGGCUUCAGCAUUACCUCCACCGGAUCCUCGCACUCAAGAAAUGAUAAAUGAGAAAUUGAAAAAGGCAGAAGAUCUUGGCGAACAAGGACUGGUGGAUGAAGCACAGAAAGCACUGGAAGAGGCUGAAGCUCUUAAGAAGCUUACAGUCAGGCGAGAACCUGUAGCGGAUUCAACAAAGUACACUGCUGUUGAUGUGCGCAUUACAGACCAAAAGCUGCGUCUAUGUGACAUAUGUGGAGCGUUUUUGAGCGUAUAUGACAGUGAUCGUCGUUUAGCUGAUCAUUUUGGUGGGAAGCUUCAUUUGGGUUACAUGCUAGUCCGUGACAAAUUAGCAGAGCUUCAGGAGGAGAAGAACAAUUUCCGCAAGGAAAGAUCAAAGGAACGGAAUAGUAAGGAGAGGGAAUCAAGAGUAGAGAUCGAGACAGGUACCAUGACCGUGAUCGUGAACAAGACAGAGACUACGAUCGGUCACACUCAAGAAACAGACGCAGGUCACGGUCCCGGUCAAGAGACAGACCAAGGGACUAUGAUCGUCACAGGCGUACCCGGUACUAGACCGUUCUCACGGUCUAACAUGGUUUGCAAGUUACAAAUGGAUUUUAAGGAUCCAUCGCCAAAACUUAUUUUCUCUCUUCAUGUAUGCUGCUAA